AUGCCCGUGCUGAAGCAGCUGGGUCCGGUGCAGCCCAAGAAACGACCGGAGCGAGGCGCGCUGUCCAUCUCGGCGCCACUCGGUGACUUCAGGCACACGCUGCAUGUGGGGCGCGGCGGCGACGCCUUUGGGGACACCUCGUUCCUGAGCCGCCACGGAGGAGGGCCGCCCCCUGAGCCCCGGGUGCUGUCCACGGGAACCCCGCGCUGCUCACCGCCGCCUGCCGUCCCACAGCCCCCCGCGCCCGCGCCUGCGCUCCGAGCGCCCGCUGACCCGCUACUGUCCUUCCACCUGGAUCUGGGCCCUUCCAUGCUGGACGCCGUGCUGGGCGUCAUGGACGCGGGGCGCCCCGGGACCGCGGCCACCAAGCCCGACCUGGAACCCGACGCCGGGACUCAGCACCCAGCAGUCCGCCGCCCUAACGAGGACCUCCAACUGGACGAAGUCAUUGGUCUGUAA